AUGGAAGACCCCAAGAUCACAGAGCUGCUCUUGCAGUGUCAGUAUCCAGUGGUUGGAGUGGACAGUUAUAUGCCUGUGGUUGAUGUAUUCAGCGGCAGCACUCGUGGAAACCUCAGGGCCAGUACCACUGUGGAUGUUCAGCGUGAGCAUGUCUUCAUGGUCCGAGUAGAGAGAGUGAAGGGUCUGACGCCUCUGCAGUCCACAGUUUGGGGAGAAGCUGACUGUUACAUCCAGUACUCCUUCCCUGGACAAAAUGAGUCGAGAGAGGACAUGGACCCACUUAUUGUCGAGAGCAAUGUGGAGCUCAAGGCCUACCGCUCUGAGACCACUCUCUGUGUGCCUGACCCUGUGUUUGGACAUAAUGAGACUCAUGUCCUGCUGGCUCCUCCUGAUGUCCCAGUGCAAAGAAUACUGCUAAGCUCACUGGCGAGUCAGGGGCUGAAAAACGGAGGAGGAGUGCAGUUUGAGGUUUGGUGCAGGUAUUAUUAUCCAAAUGUUAGAGAUCAGCUAGUAGCCAGAGGAUUGCUGCCCAUGUCCAAGCUGUGCACCAUGGUAACCAUGCAGAAACAGGGUCAAACCGAUGCUCAACUUUUCUCUCUUCCUCUGAUACCAAGAACUGACCGACCUGUUGACACACAGCCUCAGCCCCCUGGGCUGCUUGAAGUGAGUGUUCAGUACAAGUCUCGACCAGUGAGGAGUGUGGGAGUGAAGAGUGGGGUUGUGCCGUCCCGCAGAGUGAUGCUGGUUGUGCAGGUGCACAGAGCAGCCGGGCUGCAAGCUGCAGCCAAAGCUCUUGCAGAUACCGAUAACGCACUGCAGUAUUACUCUGAAGUGGGGCUUAAUACUUUCAUCACCCUGCAGUUGUCCUUCCUGCCAGACAGCGAUGUUCGGAGCACACGUGCGGCGGCCAGAAGUUUCUGCCCAGAGUUUGAACAUCACGCCGAGUUCUGCUGUAACCUGCUGGUGCAGAGAGACAGCGGAGAGAGCGUCAGUCUGGCUGAACUCCUGCAGGAGGCAGUGGCUGUCUUCACCAUUUACAACAGAGACACACGCAAAAUGGCUGAUACAACAAGAUUGAAGGACACUGUCUUGGGCACUGUGAAAAUUAAACUUGCAGAUCUGAUUCAUAAAAGAAGUGGCAUAUCUGGCUGGUACAGUCUCUCUCUACCUCAGAGCACAACAUCUUCUCACAGUCUGAGCUCAGCAGGAGGGCUUGAAGUCUCCAUUAGUUUUUCUCAUCAUGCUGAUAGAGAGCGAGUCAUCAGUUCAGCCCAUGGUCUGGGAUGGGACGUGGGGCAAAGCAGUGAAGAUGAGGAAGAUAUAGAGGAUGAAGAUACUUUAGAAGCAAGCCCUUCUAAGUACACACAGUCUCUGGCAUUAUCACUUUCCAUGCCAAGAGCAUGGCUGCCCAUCCAUUGCCUGCUGCUGCCAGGAGAUGAAGACUUACAGUGUUCCACCUACUGCUUCUACAGAUACAAACUGUACAACCUGCAGACUGUCUGCUCUGAACUUAGACAUCCUGUUCCAGACGAGUGUGAGGGAGGAGAAGGUUUAGCCACGGUGGCAUUUCAGGGGAGUAGAAGCGUGGUGCUGAGGAGGACUCAACCCCUGCUCUGGUACCUGAGGGAGGAGAAGCUGGAGGUGCAGGUGUGGGUGGCCUUUGGGAAGGAGAAGAGAGUCCGGCCUCAUAACGCUGACCGUCUGGUGGGCUCUGCAUUUGUGGAUCUCUCUGCUCUUGCUGGGACUUUGAAGCACCAUCAAACAAUCAGUGGUGUGUAUCCUCUGUUCAAGCGCUCUGCUGUAAACCUGAGUGGUGCUGCUCUCAGAGUCCAUAUCACGGUCACAACAGACUCUGAGCCACAUGAGCCUCAAUCCACUGAGGAGCUCAACGGCUCAGUAGAAGAUGAGGAGGAUGGAGGCCUCCCCACCACAGUGCUGUCUAGACCAUCUCAAUCCCCCAGCAAACAGCUGAUCAAAUCAGCCGUGAGCACUGAUGCUCCACCAUCCAAAGAAUUCAGUAAUGAUGACACCUUCAUAGCCAACAUUACUGUGGACAGGGCUAUGCAUCUGAGCCUGAAGGGUUGUCCUCUCGCUGAGCGUGGUGGUGGAUUGCCUAGUUGCUGUGUUUCUUAUGCCACCGCCGAUGUCCCGGGCACAGUGACAACAGCACUGAUCAAAGACAGUGACUGCCCUGUGUGGGACCACCAGCAAGAAUCCAGACUGUCGAAAGAGCUACUUUUGGAUCCCCAGCAGUCCUUGGUUUUCAAAGUUUGGCAUAAAGGAGAGGUUGAGCGGGUGAUUGGAUUUGUGUCUGUAGACCUAUCACCACUUCUGUCAGGAUUUCAGUCAGUUUGUGGCUGGUAUAACAUCACUGAUUUUAGCGGGCAGUGUCAGGGGCAGCUGAAGGUCUCUGUGUCUCCUCUGAGGGCAGUACAGGAACUCCGGGCACAGAGACUGCCGGCCCACAAGGCCAUUGCUCCAGAUUCAAGUGCUCUCUUUAGUGCACUUCCACUUUGUUAUCAAACGACGUCUACAUACAGCAGCUUCAUCAGUCGAUUCUCAGGGCAGAGGAUCAGCACACCUCCUGAUCAGUUUGAAAGACUGCUCUCUGACAGGUCCAGUGUGACGGAUCGCCACGAUGAGCACAUGGACAACAUAAGAAUGUUCCAUCAGACUUUGCGUGAGGAUGAGAAAGCGUCUCACUCGUCCUUGGCUGGAGAUUCCCACCCAUCCAGCUCUGCACUCUUCUCUGCCCUCAGGAAAAACCUGGAUGAGCUGGAUGAUAUUCAAAGGUAUUUCAGCCGAAAGCUGUCCACUCCAACAUUCCCAAAGCUGAGUGAGCUGAGAGGAACCUCCAGGCAGGACGAACACAGAGACUCAGAGACGGAUGCCACACAACUGCUACUGAAAUCCAGUCAACUGGUGGGAGAGAUCAAUAACAUUAUAUCAGGCUUAAGUGAACACCAGACAGAAGAAGCACCAACAGCCCGUAAAAGCUCUGCUGCACUUGUUGUGGUUGAGGAGCACUUAACGUCUGGGGUUGAUCAGCUGAUAUUAUCAGAGUCUGAUAGCUGUGCGAUAGAGCCACGCUUUCAUAAAGAAUUAGACCUGAUGUUGGAGGAUGAAGAUGAAGUCUCACCCAUCAGCUCUCCUGCUCCUGCACAGACUAGACAGUCACCAGCUGCUCCUGAAAAUGAAAAGCUCUACCACAGCUCCAGCGAACACUCAUCUGAUGAAGAUGAGUGUAAAGAAGAGGAAAGAAAUGAGGAUGAGCAUGAAGAUUUUGAGGAAACUUUAAUACAGCCCCGAACACUUAAUGAGGUCACUUCAGUCACAGACAGAACCAGCCCUUGGACCAGCCUUCUGUCUGACCCAGAUAUGGGAUCUCUGGAGAGUCUGGAGUUAGUGCAGCAUCACGCUCAUGACGACACCAUCCACACUCGAGGGAUGGAAAGAAACCGUAAAGAACUUCUUCCAGACUUCAACCUGCAGUCACAAGCCGUUGAUUCUGAUUCAGAUGUCUGUGUAAGAUCUGAAACUGAUCUGGAGACAUUUAGGAGUGACGGCACUAUUGCCACAGAUCAUCGGGAACAGCAGCCUUCUCCAGAUGGUCUGGAUGGAGACGCUGCUCUUUCUAGUAUCAGUGAGGUGGAAGAUUAUAAACAAAGUUACAGUGGGCCUGAAGAAAGGGAUGAGAGAUCAAACUUGCUUCCCUGUACAGAGUCUGGCUCAGAAACAGAUGAUAAAAGUGAUGAGUGGACAGCAAAACCUUUGGAAUCUGUUGAGAUUCCAAAUUUCUUCCUGUCGGCUCACCAUCUGGAGGCGUCCAUGAGGACUUUGAGGAUGGCUCCUGUCUUUCCAUUGGCAACCACUGAAUCUGAGACUGUAAAUCCUGGAAAUCUACAUAGAAGAAUGCCUCGAUCAAGACCCAACAUCCCUGCAUCACAGAGAAGUGAAGAGACCAAAAGAAUUGCAAAAAUAUUUGCUUCAAAGUUUACAGAAGAAAGUUAGUAUGUUCUUCUAAUUUGUGUGUGUGCGCUUUAGUUUUUUCUAUAUUUAAAAUAUGUGAUGCUUAUUUAUUUCUUACGGGAUGCAAUAUUCUUUUUAACAGUAAUUUGGAUAAUGUGAGCAUUAAAAAAGUUGUUUAUUUACAGUAAUGAACUAUUUUUGUAAUAAAGAAUUUUGUUUUUCCAUCUACGGGUAAUUGUUUUUGAAGGUCCCAUUCUCACUAUUUAGUUUUACCUCUUAUAAACGUUGUCAGUUGUCUGGGGCAGUUAAUGUCUGUCAAACUGAGCUGCUCAAAGGCUAGAAGCAUUUAGCUGACAGAUGAGAAAAUUGCCCAAUUUGAGCUGCUGCAGACAAUGGCACUUACUGACAGUGAUGAAACCAAAGUAUUAUCCAGAGACAAAAGAAGCCAACGGUCAGACAAAAGCUCUCCUUUUGUUUAAUCAGCUCUAAUUAGAGAGAUGAGUCCAAUCAAGCAACAAUUCCUCGUGUUGACCUUCUUCUAAACUAGAUGAAUCAGCUGACAGACUCGGAGCUAUAGAAGAUGGCAGCAAAUUAGGCUGAAUAUAAUAGAUUAUUAACUAUUUUUCUUUGUAGAGUGGACUCUGAAUUGGUAAAUUCUUGUAAAAUUACUGAUUUUACAAAAUGGUUUUAACAGUAAUUUAGUGCUUUUUGCAGAGCUCCCAGAUCCCCAGCACAUCUUUACUAGGGAGUCUCUCAAAUGUUCAGUUGAAUCUUCUCGAGUGGCUGUAAAGCAGCAUGUCUUUGUGGCCAUCGGCGAGUCUCAGAGCACAAAGUCGAGCAUGUGUCGACACAGCCAUGAUGCUUUAGAGGAGGAAGAUGUGAUGUUGGAGAUAAUGGAGGAUACUGGACACCAGGCAGCAAGAUAACAGGAGCCCUGCCACUGAAAACAUUGAUUGUGGUCGGUGAGUGCAGAAAGUUUGGAUGAUGCCCAAGACAGCAAAAAUCAGCAUCUUGAUUGUAUGUUUGUGCGUGUAUGAUGAGGUUUUGGAUCUUUUCAGCUUGAAAAAGGUGUAGAUGACACAACGUCUGAGAGCUUUGAAGUGAUUCCACAAAAUCUGUCAGCAGAAGUUUUCCUUCUAUGAACUUCUGUCAGAGAUUCUGGAGAGUGAAAGACAGAAAUCGCAAUUAAAACUUUGAAAUCAAGCUUAUGUCUCUGAAAUCUGCAUGUCAUGAAACCAUAUUUCAGAUGUACCUCAGACUGACUGAUGGAAUGAUUGGUCUUCUCCUUAAGAAGCUUAUGAAUCACUCAAAGGCUGAUUUUCUGCUGCAAAGUGUCUGCAUAUGGCACAAGAAGCAUUAGAUCAGUUAUACAGUGACACACAUUAGAAAAAAGCAUUAUAUUGCAAGCCUGCCAAGAACCCACCCAAAUUUCUCUGCUUGCGUUGCACUGAAGACACCAUUUGACCAAGAAUCUGGUGCUUUCCAGCUAAAAGCUUUUUAGAGUUGUUCAAAUAUGGCUGGCUAAGUCCUAAGUUCUGCUCCGCAAGCCAACAGUUGGAGGCCUUCAAGAUCUUUUUACACCUCUGAAGAUGCUGUAACUGCAGGCAAGUCCUUCAGAUAAAGUACGUCAUGUACAGUGACACUAUAAAUGUAUUUAGACACUUUGAAAACUGUAAUCAGUCACCUGUAAACAAAUGCUACCUGACAUUUUCUCAGAAAUAACUUCUGAGCACUUUUUGCAAUCAGCUAAUCUAAUGUCUGUUUGUUUGUUUGUGGUUUGCGUUGAACACUACCUUUGAAUUGAGUCUGACAGUUUCUUGCAUCCUUUCCUCAUCUUCCAGGAGCUCCAGAAGUUGAGCUGUGUUCAAACUCUCCAAAUUUAGCAUUGAAUCCCCUUUAUGAGGCAUUGCAGCCCAUUUAUGAAGAUGCUGCCUCUCAACAAGGACCUGAGCUACUGAAGCUGUGAGAUCAGGCUGCAUUUAUACAUCUUGUAACAUGAUCACGAGCUCCAGAGAGAUUGGUUGCUUGGGAUUUCUGAACUUUCAUUGGAGCCAACAUACCAACACUGAACUACACAUUCUCUUCCAACACCCUUGAUAAAUGUAGACAAGGACAAGCACAAAAGCAGGAGCCAAAAUGUAUGAGGGCCUUCAGAACCUCGGACAGCUCUAGAAUAGUUAGAAUAACCUUGGAAAAUAUUAGCAGUAUUAUCUGUAAGCAUAUUUUGCAUAUUAGAUAUGAGUUAUCGGUUUCAUUCUAUGACAUGUAAAUAAUGAUGUUCCACAUCCA